GCAACCAUCCCACCAUGAUAAUAAGACAAUUGUGUAGACGACAGGGCCGAGCACUGUUCGGUGCUGUUCGCCCGUCUUUUCAAUCCCGCUACCAUUCGACAGAAACAGAGACAGUGGCUCAGAUUUCCCAGUCUACGGACCCAAUUCAAGCAGUACAACCUAAGGCAUUGGCAGAAGAGCAGCCCGCUCUCUCUGAACAGUUCCGAAAUCUAACGGCGCGGCGCGUUCGAUUCAACGAACUUGGCUCACAGGUCAAGAGCGCUUAUGAACCUGAAAAUUUACUGCGCAACCCCCCAGGACUUUCUGACAUUACCCUUGAACUCCUUCUAGCCUCCCAAUCUCACCUCGGCCACGCCACUUCCCUCUGGAACCCCCGAAACUCGAGCUACAUCUUCGGUAUCCGUGAUGGGAUUCACAUCAUUUCUCUCGAAGUCACCGCUGCAUAUCUGCGACGAGCGGCAAAAGUCGUCGAGGAGGUAGCCAGGCGCGGAGGAUUGAUCUUAUUUGUUGGCACUAGAAAGGGCCAGCGGCGAGCAGUGGUGCGCGCGGCAGAAUUGGCUCAGGGGUAUCACGUGUUUGAGCGCUGGGUUCCCGGAAGCAUCACGAACGGCCAGCAGAUCCUGGGCCACUGUGAGCUGAAGGUGGUAGACGAGUUCGACAACGAGUUGCCUAGAUACAAGGAGAAUGUCUCAGAACAGCCAGUUUUGAGGCCGGAUCUGGUUGUCUGCUUGAAUCCAAUAGAGAACGAGCCGUUGUUGACGGAGUGCCGGGCGUAUAAUAUCCCAACCAUUGGCAUUAUAGAUACAGAUGCCGAUGCCUUGAUGGUUACAUAUCCUAUUCCAGCAAAUGACGAUAGUUUGCGAUCUGUCGCUGUCAUUGCGGGUGUCUUGGGCAGAGCUGGCGAAGCAGGACAGAAGGCGAGAUUACAGCAAUCACGGACGGGCAAGUUGCCGUAUGAGCGCGUGUCAAUGAAGAAGCUCAUGCCGGACUCAGAGGGAUCCAGUUGAAGGAGUUGUAUAGGAAAUUAUGAGCAGACAUGUAUAACAGUGUCCUUUCUAUGUAUGUUUAGGUUGAGUUUACGGUGCGUGUUCAUAGGCUUGUGUUUUCGGUAUCUUCU